CGCCCGCCAGGCCUAGCGAGCCGCAGCGGCCGGCAGCGGCGCCAGCGUCGCCCGCGUCGCAGCUUGCAUUGUCCACCGAGGCCGCAAGCCGCGCGAAGCCGAAGCCGGAAACUGCGGCGACGACGACCAAAAUGGCGACUCGUAUCUCGCGCACGGGCUCGGCCGGCUGGCCCAAAAGCGCUCCGCAGCGGCCGUACUCGGGCAAGUACAUGGGUUCGGCCUCGACGAACGUGCUGAGCGUCACGCUCAACCGCACCGUCAACCUGUACCCGCUGACCAACUACACGUUCGGCACCAAGGAGGCGCAGUACGAGCGCGACAGCUCGGUGCCCGCCCGCUUCCAGCGGAUGCGCGAGGAGUUCGAGAAGAUGGGCAUGCGGCGAUCCGUCGAGGGCGUGCUGCUCGUGCACGAGCACGGCCUGCCACACGUGCUCCUGCUCCAGCUGGGCACCACCUUCUUCAAGCUGCCCGGCGGCGAGCUGAACCCGGGCGAGGACGAGGCCGAGGGCCUCAAGCGGCUCAUGACCGAGGUGCUCGGCAGGCAGGACGGCGUCAAGCAGGACUGGCUCAUCGAGGACACCGUGGGCAACUGGUGGCGGCCAAACUUCGAGCCCCCGCAGUACCCGUACGUGCCGCCGCACAUCACGGCGCCCAAGGAACACAAGAUGCUGCACCUGGUCCAGCUCCCCGAGAAGGCCCUCUUCGCCGUGCCCAAGAACUACAAGCUGGUGGCCGCGCCGCUCUUCGAGCUCUACGACAACGCUCAAGGGUACGGACCCAUCAUCUCCAGUCUGCCGCAGGCGCUGAGCAGAUUCAACUUCAUCUACCUGUGAACGCCGCCAAAGCCCGUCAACGCGUCCCUUUGAAGAAAUUAAAGAAUCCAUCCCGAACUUCGGACGAUUGUGCAUGCUUGCGACAAAGUUCUCUGGUUCUAACGUAAAUAGCAUCCAGUUGGCUUCUUGGAGGUCGGAUUGGUGCUCGACGAACGUCGAACAUAAGCUAGCGAAGAGGCGUUGUAACUUCGGAAGAAGACGGGUUCUGGGCAGCCUGUUAUUUUGGGGCGGUUUCAGAUGUUUGUUUUUCGAAAUGUUUCAGUUUAUAUUUUGUGUUUUUGUGCCGUAGUACUGCUCAGGAAUGAAAUUGCCUCACUGAAACGUGCCCUUCAACUUACUGAUUUGUAACAACCAAAACAAUCAGAAAAAAAAAAAAAAAUUGCAUUUGCCGUUAAAAAAACAAGACGAGAAUUUACCAAACAAGGAUCAAAUAUGCCCUCCUUCAAACCGAUAUUGAGACUUUGUGUGUUGUGUUGUCCUUCGUAUUUUCCCCAGUCUUGGGGGUUUGUCUUAAAUUACUGCAUUUUCCUGUAUAUAACCCCCACUUUUCGGAAGUUUCUAAGUAAAAACUAGAGUAUAAGACGCACCGCCAAAAAUUGUGAAAAAAAAGUGUGUCUUAUGUAUGAGACUCAUCGUACAAGACGCACCCACCACUUUUCUCAAGUCUUUAAGUAAAAAUUUGUAUAUAAGACGCACAGCCGAAAAUUUUGGUAAAAAAAGUGUGUCUUACACACUGGAAAAUACGGUAUGUUAAAUCUUUGCCACAUCGUUUCUGCCCUAACUUUUUGUUCAAUAUCAACAUUUCUGUCAUAAAUUCCUCGUGUGGAGUUUUAAAUUCUGCCUACUUCUUUUGGACGUGCAUUCCAGCUGCAUCAGUUUUAUAUCCUAGCAGAAGAAACUUGUGUGAAACCAUAUUUGCAAAGAGUUUUGCCUCUGGCAGUGGUUCUACUGGUUUACAUAACGUGUUUUCCACUGUUUGUAUAUUUAGCUUGCCCUGCUCCAUAAACACUUCAUCCUUGAAAUUUCACUAGGACAAAACUAAAUGUCUGCAAAAUUUUGUGACCCUGCCUUCAGCUGCAAAUUUCCGAGACCUAAUUCACGCAUGCUUUCUCACUCAAAGGCGUGUGGGCAAAGCACCACACAGCACCAACAAGAGAUCUCCAGUUGUUCUUAAGUUUUUCUCGCAAAUAAAGAGCUAUCAUCAAAAUUACUAUUGUGGCGGAAUGCGCUCAUUUAAAGGGCAACUUGCAUAACAAAAUUUGGGCUUUGUCAAUGUUUAAACAAACUGCUAAAAUGCACAAACAUCACAUUUGCCCCGACAGUGUCGUGCAGUCUACAUCGUCACUUUUGCCAUUGCUGCACACAGGUUGUUGGACGGCAGCAAACGGGCCAAUAAACACAUGUCUUGUCAAA